AUGACUUAGUAUGAAAUGGCAGCAACAAGAACAACAAUAACAUCGAGAGUAAUAAUAAGAACAAGCGAAAGUGAAGAUGAAAACAAACGCUUCGUUACACGUUCCAUGACCGACUGGGAUCUUACGUUUCGCGGACGCCGCGUCCGUCGCGGACUUGUUCUCUUAUCGGCGCUUUUUCAUUGUUAACAGCGUUUAACCGCUGCGUUUGUCGUCGUUAUUUCAGUUUACUCGCGGAUCUUGUUGCAUUCGGGCCGCGUUCCUUCUCUCUAUCGCUCUGUCUGUCACCCACGCACGACAAAUCGACUAUCUUACGGUACGCGACUUCUACCUGACGAUAUUAAUUUUAUUAUUACGAUAAAGUUUGGUGCAAAUACAUUUUUUUUAUAUCUACCUGUCAUUUAUUUAAUUGAGACAACAAUAAUAAUUAUGAUUUCGCGUAAAUUUUGUUGUCGCUUUUGAAAAAUCGUAUUAGGUAUUUGCGGUUCGGACGACUGUGGAAAGUUUGUUGUUAAAUUAAAAUAUAUUUACUGUAAAACCCAAGUUCGUGUUAAAAAAAAAAAAAUGUCGGGCGUUGUGCUGGAAGCUAGGCCCUUUAGGCCCUUUAAAUCGAGUGAAGAAUAUUUGUACGCAAUGAAAGAAGAUUUGGCGGAAUGGUUCCAGACUUUAUAUCCUCAUCUUCGUAUAAAUGUUGACAACUUCAUGGACCGGCUGGAGACGGGAGUCGCGUUGUGUGAGCAUGCCAACGCUGUGAAAGUUCAAGCUCAAGAAUAUGUUCAAAAAAAGCAAGCUAGAAAGGUCAUGACCCGCAGCGUUACAGGGUCCUUGGCUCAGGCGCAGACCCUUGUGGAGAUACCGGACGUCAAAUUUUUUGCUACAGCCAAACCAGGAACUUUCUUUUCGAGAGAUAAUGUGAGCAACUUCAUUCACUGGUGUAGACAAUCAUUGAAAAUCAUAGAAUGUCUUCUGUUUGAAACAGACGACCUGAUUAUGAGAAAAAAUGAAAAACAUGUGAUCUUAUGCCUAUUGGAAGUCGCCAGAAGGGGUGCAAGGUUCGGUAUGUUGGCACCCAUGCUUAUUCAGAUGGAAAGACAAAUUGACAGAGAAAUAGCUGCUGAUCAGAGAAGGCUAGGAAAAUGCGUCGGUACAUCGGACGGCGUUGAAAAUCAAAAUGGCGAUGAUGAAAGUGACAGUGAUAUCGAAGACGAAAAACCAAUGCUCAUGUAUGGACCAUUGCCUCAAAUUGUUACCAACGAUCUUAAGAGUCUCGACGAAAUGGUACGAGACUUGGUAGAAAAAUGUACAUGUCCAACGCAGUUCCCGAUGAUCCGUGUUUCAGAAGGAAAAUAUAGAAUUGGAGACACCAAAGUUCUAAUCUUCGUCAGAAUUCUAAGAAAUCACGUUAUGGUACGUGUUGGUGGCGGCUGGGACACCCUGUCCCAUUACUUAGACAAACACGACCCUUGCAGAUGCAAAACUCAACACAGAAGUAUGCAAGGGGCCAGGCUUGUCAGCAAACCAGGUGCCUCCGAUUUACACAGAGCGCAGGUGUACUAUGACAGAUCACCGCCUAGAAAUUCACUACCGAACAUACCAACAAAUGGAAUUCCUACAAAAGAUUACCUAGGUCCUCCCAUGAAUUCUUUAAGCCGUUCUAGAUCCCGUUCGCCUUCCCAUCUUUCCUACACCGAUUCUCGCCGUUCAGUUUCUCCCAAUAUGCCACGUAAAGUCCUUGCUCCUCCAGUUAACCGUUCAAGAAGUCCCACGCCAAAUUACGUAUCUACACAUACCACAAAAUUGUCAAGUCCAAAAAGUACUCCCCAAAGGGGAUUAUCGUCCAGUCCAUCCGGCCCCCAAUCUUUACCAUAUAUCCCCACAAAUUACAGCUCAUCUCCAACGUACGGAACCACGAAACCACUUGGCCGCAAUGGUCAAGAUUGCAAUAGAUUAACGCUAAAAUCGGAAACCAGUUUACAAGUCUCAGAUCACUCCACCGACCACAGCGACAACGCUUCUGAAGUGUCUGACGAAGGAUACAGAAGCUUGGGAAUUGUUCACGACAAGACAAAAAAUAGAGCUUCACUUAUCAGUCAGAAUUCUAUUGAAGAUGCAGACGAAAGUGAGCAUCAUGAUUCUCUUGAUUACGAAGACGAUACAAACGAUGCUGGUCUUCGCAAAACGAAAUUUUCCUUCAUCUACAACAGCAGCACUCCAAAACCGACUCAAAACAAGCCACAAAUAACAAAAGAAAAAUCCUUCGAACAUCCCCGGAGUAAACCAGUGAGUCGAUCAAACAGCAAUGAAAGAAGUUCACCAGAUCAUCACGCCUCCCCCAAAACGACAAAAUCCAACAGCCCUACGAUGAAAAAGUCAACCUCCAAACCGAACAUCAGCACUUGGAGCGGACGUCAGAAAAGCACUAGACCGUCGCUCACUGCAGACACCUUUAGCUCAUCUCCACCUAUUUCAGCCUUCAACAGAAACAUUGCAACCAGAAGAAGUCUUUGCAGCCCCGCGUCGUACGCAAGAAGGACCACCCAGAGCGCAAACACAUCUCCCACGAAAGGGAAAUUGAGAGAAGAACUCCUCAAAACAGUAAAAAGUAACAAGGACGACGAAACGAUUGCAGAACAGGUAAAAAUAUUACUAAGGAAAUAUGGCAGUUUAACAGUCCUUGAUGACGACGAAUUGAUAGUAAAUGGAGACGAAAUGACUAUCCACACGAGUCCAAGAAAAGACUCGAAACCUGGAUACACAAAGCACUCAAGGAUUCCUGCGCCUAUUUCACACAAAAUUUAGAAGAAAGGCCUUCUGUGUAAUAAAUUAUGGGUGCAAUAAUGGUUUUAUUUUAAAAUAGAAUUUAAAUUAAUUCGAGUGUUAUGACACGAAAAUAUCAUGACGUACCCCAGAUGAAUGAGAAUUUUUUUUGGUUUUGAGAAAAUCGUGCUUUAACGUUUAUAUCUUCUUGCCUUCUUUUUUGCUGUUUAAGAUGAAUUAACUUAAGAUCGUUUUGACAAGGAGAGUUGAAAAUUUCAUCAUCCAGGAUAUUAAAUUUAAUAUUAAAUAGGUACUGGUUUAGAAAAUUUAUAAUAAACCUUAACAGGAACAAGAAGCCAUUUUCAGAUCUCUAGUGGAAUUUUUUUCACUACCUUAAGGUAGAUACUCAAUUUAAAUUUAAAUCGAUAUUAACUUCUGAUUAUUACCUUUUAUAAUUUUUUGAAUAAAAUUCCACUGAGUACAUAAAACCGAUACAAAAUGUGCGAACUUUCAACUCUUUUGCUUUAAUUAGAAAAGUCUAAGUAUAUGCAUAAUAAUUACGGGUUAAUUUAAAAAAAAGAGUAGAUGCAAAAUUAAGCUUUAUUGACGAAAGGUAUUAUUUUCAGACAUCUAGGCCCGAAAAAUUCCAGGAACGCAAUUAAGUACUUACUAGAUAGAAAAACUUGAAAGGUAAAAAGCUGCACCUGAGUAAAUAAUAUUAUAGUAUAAGAUGCAUGCAUAAGUAAUUUUCCAAAUUUUAAUAAUAAAAAUAAAAAUAUAUUAGCGGUCACGGGUCACCUGGCAAAUGUGAAACAUUGAAAUUGAUUUUUAUUGAAGGAAAUGAAAAUGAAAGCAUGAAAGAGAGUGGCAAGUCUUGACGGUGAGGCGGAAGGAACCGACGACGAGUCAGGAGACUGGCUGAUCGAAGCGUCGUUCCAUCCAAGAGCGUCGUCCCGUCUUGUUAACUCCACGUCGUGCCAAAGAGUGUUUCACAUACAUCAAAAAUAAUUACUCGUAUAUAUUGCUUUAUAAUCAAUUAAUUUUGCAUCUUCUCUAAUGAUUAUUGUUAAAUGCGAUUGUAUAUUUAACCAAUACCUUUAAUUAUUUACGCACCGUUAUAUAAAAUGGUAAAGAAUGAAUUAGAACUAACACAUUUGGUGCUAUUUUUAAGAAUAAGGCAAUAGUUUAACGUGGCGUGUAUGUACUUCAAAAAUAUAUCAUCUACCUACUGUGUAUCCGGUUGCAGUAUAUGUCUAACUCUACUUCCUCUUUUUUCUUCACUUAAUUGGUGCAAUAAACCUUAAUUUAUUUAUUUAACUCACUCACACAAUCUUUCUCAAUUUUCAAUAUUCCACAAUAACACAUUUUUCUUCGUUACUAAGACUGUCCACGUGAUUCUUCUUGGCUCCAAAAACCAAAAAGAAUUAUAGAGACUAAUUAUGGCCUUUAGGUAACGCUUUUUAUUUUUGACAAGUUUCUUGACUCUAUUUCUAUAUAUUUCAAUACUUUUUUUUCACAGCUGAACCUUGCAUUUCUCAUAAUACUGGAUUAAGACAAAAAUAAAUCAUCAUCAUUAUUUACCACUUAUCUACAUUUAUUAACAUGCUUGGUACUUGCUUGAAGAUAAGUGUUUCCAGUACCUACAGGAGAAAAUAUGAAUAGUAAACAAGUUUAUGAAACAACAUUGCAAACAUUAAGGGUGUAUUUAUGUGGAGUCAAAUAAUAAUAUAAUAUAUAGACAAUGCCUGAUUUAUCAAUAGUAUGUAGAUAAAUUGCAAUUUUGUUUCAUUUUGUUUGAAAUUUGAAUAUGCAGGUUUAUCGCCAAUAUUUUUAUAGACAUUCCUAGGCAUUUUAACGUAGUUCUAAAGUAGAUUUUUUAUACUUUUGAUAGGAAAAAAAGAAAAGCAAAGUAGAUUAAGAUUUUAUAACGUUUAAAAUAUAAUAUAAUAGAAACAUCAAACCUAAAUCCUUUCAUUAUUAUCAGUGUUACCCCCUACUAUAUAUCAAGCACCAUAAUCAUUAAAAAGCAGAUUGUUCUACUACUUUUUUUUUGCACUUUUUCCCUCUGUUUUUUUUAGUAAAUAUAUUUUUUCUCUUAUAGUUUAUUUAAUUAAGUAAUUUAGGAUUGUUAUAUUUCAAUUAUUUUAAUUUUAUUCACUUUUUUGUUUCGUUUUUCGUCAAUUUGAAUGCAGACUUUCGUGUAUAUGUUAAUUUACGAUAGAUACUAGUUAUAUACUAUUGUUAGAAUGUUUUUAAUACUUUCUUUGUGCGCAGGUAGCAGAAGUAGGGCUGCAAAUUUUUAUUAUACAAUUAUAAUAUCAUUUUUAUUUACAAGUAUUGUGUUAUAAAAAAAAAAAUAAAGACUAA